GUGUCUGUAUGCACUUCAAAUUACACUAUGUUGAAGGGUUAUGGUACAACUUUAAAAUAGUUUGUCUGCUGAAAUCAAUUAUAGUACGUGAUUUGUGGAGUAUUGUCAUAUGAUGUCAGUCUAAAUAUGAUUUAUAUGUCUGUUUGAAAGUUGCAAUUUGCAACAUGGCCGUGGGCCUGUCUAAGAUUAAAGAGAGCUUUAAAAUUUUGGACACGAUAGUAAUUUCAUUCUUAAACAGUUUGUCUCGAAUAAACACUACUACCUGGGAAGACGUAAUGAUUUUUUGUAAUAAUUAUGGACUUAUAAUCCAAUUUAUGGUUGUAUCAUUAUUUUUACAUAAAAAAAUAAGUAUAAAAUUAUUUUUAUAAUAUUUUUAAUUAUUUAUUAUAAUUAAAAUAUUAAUAUUUUUAAUUUUGCAUUAGAAGUUGUUAAAAUUGGGCUUAGCCCUGAGCCCACUUUCUUCUUUCCGCGUGGAUAAUGUCCACAUAUAUAUAUAUAUAUAUGUAUUUACCUAGCUGAUUUCACCAGCAUUCAUUCAUGAUCAUUCAUUCACUCUGAUUCCGUCGCUAUUGUGCCUUACUUUCACAUACUGUUCUCACCGUGCACGCCAUCGACGCCUUCGCCAACAUCCAUACACAUCCUCUCACAUAUAGAGUACUCUUUAAUGGUUACUUGAACCAUCUCGCUCCCCCCGCACUUCCCUCGCUCUCUAAUCGGUCUCCGUAUCGAUUAUUUCUUCACUCCGCCUUAUCUCUUUAUCACUAACAUUUUCUUUUUAGUUUUUUCUUUCGAUCUUCCCUCUUUCACAGAUAUUUGUCCUGAUUUUGUGAGUUCUUGAGUCUCACAACAUAUAACUAGUGUACAAGGUAUUAGGAAAGCACCAUUGAUGAUCUAUCCUCUUGAAUGAUCAUUGUUUGGGUUGUAUUGUUCUGAUUUAUAGCCUUUGAGAUAUUGUCUUGAUUUACAGCUUUUUUAUCUAGUUUAAUAAUCACUUGAGGUGAUAUGUAAGUGUUCCUUUGAGAGCACAAUGACUUUCCUAGAGUUUAUUCAUAUGUUGCUUUAUGCAUUGAAUCCUUUGUGAUCAUGGCGUGUUAUGUUAAUACUCACCGCCCUCUGCACACCAGAAUACUUGUCAAUAAAUGACACUCGGAGUGUAGGCGUUCCUCACUCCCCACGAUAUAAUUGUUGAUUUAUUUCAUUGCUUUGAUUUGCUAACAUGGUAUCAAAGCAAGGUUAACUACUGUUUUUUUUUUUUUAUUUCUGCGGUAUUAUCCUCUUCUCUUGUUUACUUCUUGUGGUAAGGGAAACAAAACAAUAAGUUCUCUUGUGAUGUUUAAUUGUCUCGAUGGGUGAAAACAACAGUUCGACCUCUGGUAUGACUAAUAAUCCUUUUUUAGUUGUUCCUAAUUACUAUGAUCCAUUGUAUCUUUAUCCUUCGGAUUCUACAAACACCUCCUUAAUCUCAUGUGUUCUUACUAGUUGUGAAAAUUUUAUGAUCUGGAGUAGAGCUAUGACAAUAGCUCUAAAAGGUAAGAAUAAACUUAAUUUUGUUGAAGGCAAUGUCCCUGUGCCUUUAGAUCCUGAGUUAGUUGAAAAAUGGAGUAUGUGUAAUGCUGUAAUCAUGUCAUGGUUGUUGAAUUUUGUUGAUAAGUCGAUUUAUAGAACUCUUGUGUUUUAUGAAACAACCUCUGAGAUGUGGAAGGAUAUCAAGAGUACAUACUAAUGGAGCAAGUGUAUAUGGAGUUUUAAAGGAAAUAGCUAAUUGUAGACAAGGAAAUGAUAGUGUAAACACAUACUAUACUAAUAUGAAACAGUUGUGGGACCAUGCAACGUCUAUUAAGAUUAUAGAUCACUGUGUUUGUAGUGCCAAAGCUUAUUCGGAUAGAUAUAAGGAAACUCAACAUUUAGUUCAGUUUCUAUGUGUCUAAAUGAUAAUUUUUUUGUGGUUCGCAGUACAAUAUUUGCUAUGAGUCCACCUCCUUCCGUUUAGAAAGCAUAUAACCUAGUAAGUCAAGAGGAAUCUCACAAGAAACUCUGCAGUGAUGCUGCCUCUUCUAAGAGCAGUGGUGCUUUUGCUAUGAAAAGGUCAAUUAAGUCUAAUGCAAAAAAUCCAAAUCUUAAAUGUUCACAUUGUGGUAGGACAGGUCACCUAGUUGAGAGGUGUUAUCACUUGAUAUGAUAUCCAGAUAAAAAAACAAAAUUUUAAGGUUAAUAAGCCUACCACUAUGUCUGCCAAUAAUGUCACUGCUGAAUAUGGUAAUAGUGAAUCUGUUGUGACCUCCACUAAGAUUUCACUAACACCUGAUAUUUGUGAUGAAUUGAUCAGGCUUUUACAUGAGAAGAAAGACACUAGUUCCUCUCGACUCAAUAUGGCAGGUAAUCAUCUGGUGACACAUUUGGAUGAGAUUCAGAGUUCCUCCUUGAAUCAACAACCAGGUGUUACCGAUGCUGACAACACAAAUAAGUGCAGUGACCCUGAUACUGUAACAGAAAAAGAUAAUUUAAAUUUUGAGGCACAUCCUGAUUGGCGUUAGUCGAGCAGGAGACA